CACAUUUUCUUCUUCACUGCCAUCGCCUUCCCAGUUCACACCCCUCUCCCUCUCUCCCUCUCUCUCUCUAGCCCUGUUCUUUUUCUCUCACCUCGGGGAGGCUUCUCCCCUAGCUCUCCUCCUCCUCCUCCCUUUACCUUUGGGCUAUAUAAGCUUUGGGGGAUUGGAAAGCGGCAGCGAGCGGGCGGGCGGGGUUCUCGCCGAGUUUGAAGUUGAGCCCACCCCAAACCAAAACCAAAACCCCAUCUUUCUCUCUCCUCCUCCCCGCCGCCGCCCCUUCAAAUCGCGGCCGCUCCGUCCCCGGUCAAAUGCGGCGAGAUCUGCGCGCGUGACCCCGUAAGUCCGCCCCGCCCUGCCCCCUUCCGUCCGGCGGCCUUUCAGCCGGCCGUGCCGGGGUUCUUGGAGCUGGCAUUUCAGCCGCCGAGCUCGGAUUAGAUUGGUUAGUUUAAAAAGAGCAUAUCCUGCUGGGUGCGAGCUGCAGCAGACUCAACAAGGAUGGAUCAGUAUGAGGUGUUGGAGCAGAUUGGGAAAGGAGCAUUCGGCUCUGCUCUGUUGGUGAGGCACAAGGUGGAGAAGAAGAAGUAUGUGCUGAAGAAGAUUCGGCUUGCGCGACAGACGGACCGCACCCGCCGCUCUGCCCACCAGGAGAUGCAGCUUAUUGCGACAGUGAGAAACCCGUUCAUCGUGGAAUACAAGGAUUCAUGGGUAGAGAAGGGUUGCUAUGUCUGCAUUGUUAUUGGUUAUUGUCAGGGAGGCGACAUGUCUGAAGCUAUUAAAAGAGCUAAUGGUACCUAUUUCUCUGAGGAGAAGCUUUGCAAGUGGCUUGUGCAGCUCCUUAUGGCUCUUGAUUACUUGCACACAAACCACAUUCUUCACCGAGACGUGAAGUGCUCCAAUAUUUUCAUCGCGAGAGACCAAACUAUAAGACUUGGUGACUUUGGGCUUGCAAAAAUAUUGACUUCUGAUGAUCUGGCAUCUUCUGUGGUAGGAACACCAAGUUAUAUGUGCCCAGAACUUCUUGCUGAUAUACCAUAUGGUAGCAAGUCUGAUAUUUGGUCUCUAGGAUGUUGUAUAUAUGAAAUGACUGCUCUCAGGCCGGCAUUUAAAGCUUUUGACAUGCAAGCUUUGAUUAACAAGAUCACAAAGUCAAUAGUAUCACCACUGCCUACGAAAUAUUCUGGUCCAUUUCGGGGACUUAUUAAGAGCAUGCUGCGGAAAAGUCCAGAGCACAGACCAAGCGCUGGAGAACUGCUGAAACAUCCUCAACUUCAGCCUUAUGUGUUUCAAGUCCAAUUGAAAUCUAGUCCUACUCGCAAUAUACAUCCCAUCAGUGAAUCUCUGACCGACAAAGUUAAGAAGAUGACAGUUACUGAUGAUGUCCCUGAUUCUGCACGCAGAAGAAUGGUCAGGAGAAACUCUUUGGGAAGUCAUAGGAUUGUGACAUUUAGCAAACCAUCACCUGAGCGGAAUUCUGUUAGCUCUACUCGGAGCAUCAAAGAAUAUACAACUACUCAGAGUUGCAAAGAGUUAUCCAUUGACAGCAGUCAGGCUGAGGACGACGAGGUUACAAGUAAAGCCAUGAUAACCAAGACAUCAAGCAUCCUAAGGACUCCCAAGAGCACUCCAGCGAAGGCCUUCACAAAUAGGAAUAGGCUUGAAACUCCAAAAACAUCUUACAACAGAACAAGCCGUGUUGAGCCGCCCUCAGUGACACCUGUGAACAAGAGCGCUCGGCUGGCCCGAAGAGUAUCCCUCCCGCUGUCGACAUACGAAACGCCCAUCAAGCGCAGCGUCAGCAUUCUGGACCAGCUAGGCUCCCCUGAUGUUUCCAUGAACGCGCCUCGGAUUGACAGGAUCGCAGAGUUUCCACUGGCUUCAUCAGAGGACCCCUUCCACUCCAUCCACAAGCUCUCUUCCGCCCAUGGCUCAUGCUCCACCCCUCCCUUCAUCAACCGGUCGAUCACCAAGGACAAGUGCACGAUCCAGGUGCUGCGCGCAGACGGCGGGGACAACGGGAGCGACUCGUCGGGCCGCAACGCCACGGCGGCGUCGAGCCGGGGCUCCAACGACUCGAGGCUGCAGCGGUUCGACAUGUCGUCGUUCCAGCAGCGCGCGGAGGCGCUGGAGGGCCUGCUGGAGUUCAGCGCGCAGCUGCUGCAGCAGGAGAGGUACGACGAGCUGGGGAUCCUGCUGAAGCCGUUCGGCCCCGAGAAGGCGUCCCCCAGGGAGACGGCCAUCUGGCUCUCGAAGAGCUUCAAGGAGACGACGUAGCGGCAUCGCCCUCGUCUCCAUGGUCGGUCGGUCGGUCGCCAUUUUUGUAACGUGAUGCGCGACCGACCGACCGGCGUAGCUGAGGUAGUUGGAUUAAAUCGGCCUUAGGCCUGAAGUUUAGCUGCUGGGACGACGAAAGCAAACACCAUCUCAGUGUUGCUGUUGCCCUAACUUGUUAGCUAUAGCUAGUAAGUAACCCCAGUUCAGUUCACUAGUAGCAGCAGAAGUAGUAGCAGUAGCAGUAGUAGAAUUGUACCACUAAGUAAGCUGGAACCCUGGAUCUGGCAAGGACCUUGAACCCUUGUAGCCAUUCCAAUCAUGCCAUGAUCCUCUAUCAUCUAUGCCUAUGCCA